AUGGUGGGGUCAUCUUCGGCCGGGGCUGCUAAGACUACUAAGCGUAAGGGAACGCUCAUUGCUGGUCAUUGUUUAGAUGUAAUUACCCUCAUCGUGCGACUAAUACGGAUAUGCUACACAGGCACCCGAGGUGUGCGUACCUUGACUCCUUCACAACUUGCCCGAAAGCGAGCAAACGACCGAGAAGCCCAGCGGGCGAUUCGAGCCCGGACUAAGGGGCACAUUGAAUGGUUGAAGCGAGAGCUCAAGAGCGAGCAAAGCCGGGAUCAGACUGUUCAAGAGCUGCUUCGACGAAACAAGGCACUCGAGGAUGAGUUGAACCGGUUAAAGGAGAAUAUGGCCAUCUCAAUGCCUCCUUCUCUGUACUCAACACCAAUGGAGCCAUUCCCAGGACGUCGCCCUUCGCCUCUGGCAACUAGGUACAACAAUCUCGCCGACUACAGUCAACAAUACGUUCCUCUCCCCACCAAAUGUGAAUCUUGGGCAAGUACCGUCCCUUGCCCCGUCCACUCCCACGUUUCCAGCCAUUCGUCAUCUGCCAGUGCGGACUACAAUGCUGGGUACAUCCACACCAGCGUGUCAACUCCCACGGUGUCCUCCAACAACAGCAACACCAACGUCAACGCCUUGUCCCACAAGGACAUCAAAUUGGGGUAUGAGGAGGUGAAGAGUCACUGGAUUCACAAGGAAAGAACCAUCCCGAGCCACUGGAAGGCCCCAAAGCUAGGAGAACAACGCCCGCUGCACUCGAUCUUGAAGUUCAUGCCCUUGCGCAAGUUUGAACUGAUCCACCGGUAUCUCCGCAUCUUUGACCACACGAAGAUCGAUGAAGCCGAUGAUACCGACUUACCGAAGGUUUUCCAAGGCGUUGAAGAGUGGUCUGAGCACAUACAGAGGGUGUCGGCAGAGCUCUUUCACCCGGGCUCUCAUCUCGCUGUAGAUGAGGGCAUGAUACGCUUCACAGGCAGAUCAACAGAGACAGCAUACGUCAAAGGCAAGCCAAUUCCUCGUGGGUUCAAAAUCCGGGUUGUGGCCCAAGUCGGCUUCUUCAUCCGCUGGUUGUGGCACCUGAAGGACGCACAAUACGGUGCUGCAGGCGUCAUAAAGAGGAAGAAGGGCUCACGGCGGCAGGGAAAGGCGGAGGUUGCAGACGACAAGCUUAUUCCUCUUAAUAAUACACAAGGUGUCGUCGUUGCCCUAUGUAAUUUACUGCCGGAUAAGACAUAUCACGUCUUCUUUGAUAACCUCUUCUCGUCCGCAGACCUCUUUCGCAGCCUCCGUGGCCACGGCCACGGAGCCACAGGCACAGCUCGAGUCAACAGCGGCAUAUACGUUGACCUCAAGAAGGAUAAGAAGCGUGAUAAAGCCGGAACUUGUGGGUAUGACUUCAAUGAGGUCAAUCAGAUCGCUUGGAAGGAUAACGCCCUCGUGCUAUUCAUGAGCACCGUGUUCAAAGCCGGCGACGAUGAACGCGUUGAACGGAAGAGGAAGAAGCCGUCUACAGACCACUCACGAGCCCGGCCGAUACAGCGUUUUUUUGGUGACGAAGCUAUCAAGGUCAUUCAAAUGCCGACAGUCGCUGCUACUUACAACGAAGAAAUGAAUCACGUUGAUCGGGGUGACCAAUUGAGGUCAUAUACACCCUAUGAUCAUCGCCUUCGCCGGGGCGCUUGGCAGGCUCUCGCGUGGACCUUUCUCCUCGAUGUCAUCCUCGUCAACACCUAUCUAUUGCAGCUUCACGCGCCCCAGCUAAAUUGGCAGCGAUAUAAGAAUCAGAACGAGUGGCGAGAGUGUAUUUACAACGCUCUAUUUAACACAUACCAUCGUAAAAGCCGGGCGAGGAAGUUAUUCAAGUCCGGCGACGAAUACGACGAAGAUGAUCAACAACAACAGCAAACUCACUAUGACAGAGAUAUCAACCACGUCAAUCGGCAUCGCAAGUCAGAAUGCCUAGCUUGUAAGGGCUUCAAGCAGGGUCAGAUAAGGGCUAGGAGGGCCAAAAAGCGGUCUCCGGCAGAGAUCAUCGCCAACUCCAAAAGGCGGCAUCAUGCGCCGCAGACCAGAAAUUAG